AAAGUUUAACAUUUCUUCUCGUGGUAUUGGUCGCUGGACGGGAAUUGGAUUUUCAAAAGAUGGAAAAAUGGCUGGUUCUGAUAUUAUUACUGGAUGGUUUUAUGACCAAAAACCUUAUUUAACCGAUCGUUUUGCUUUUGCCCAACAACAGCCAGCUAUUGACCCUGUUGAUAGACAAGAUAUUUUUGAUAUUGGAGGGGCUUUAAUUGAUGAUAUACAGACAAUAUCCUUCCGUCGCAAAGUUGUCAGUCCAGACAAAAGCACAGAUUUAAGUUUGGCACAAUGUGCUCAUUUUCUCUUCCCUGUACAAGGUGGAAGGGUGAUGGCACAUUCUAGUCGCGAUUUCCAACAGGCACGUACCCCAAUCGGUUUCCACGACCAACAACAGCCAAUUUCUUCACCCACCCAAAUCUGCCUUUGUGAUAGGCCCACAAACUUUAAAAAUUCAGAAAAGGAACAAAUUGGAAGGAGAAGAGUGAGAAAUGUAGAGAAUGAGGAUGAAGAAGAGAAACAAUCUGGAUUACCCUUUCAAUGUGCUGAUGUUGCUAUAAUACAGAUAGCCGAAAAUCAAAAUAAAUUAUUUAUAAGAGCAAUUGAUGCCUUUGGUCUUUCCAAUGAUUCUCUAAGAAGAGAUGAACAUUGGGGAGGGCAACAAUCUUUUAAUGGAGUUGAAUUAAUUAAUAAUUCUGGCAAAAAUACUUUUUGGUUAGCAAAACUGUUAAAAGACCCAACCAAUUCAAACGGCGAUUUGACCAUCCAACAAGGUCAGACCCAAGUUUUUCUUUUUUCUGGGCAUGGAAUAAAACCAGAAAUUUCACAAGCAGAAAAAUUGGAAUUUGCUUUGAUUGAUUUGAUGGCUGGUGCUGGUAAAGAAAUUAUUCAAAAUACAACAACAAAACAUCCACCCACUAUUUCCCCAACAACAACUACAAUAAACAUACCAGAAAAUAUUACAGAAGCAAUAAAAACAGUUUCUUCUGUUUCUCCAAAACAAACAAAAGUAAAAGAGGCGAGUUCUGAAAUGGAAAAUUCUGAAGAAAAUGUUGAAGGGGAGAAGGAAGUCGAGAAGGAAGUUGAAAAGGAAGUUGAGAAGGAAGUAAUAGAGAAAGAAGAAGAAGAACAAACUAAUAAAGAAGAAGAUGAAGAAGAGUCUGCCUCCUCGUCGCCUUCCGAACUACCCAAAACCUCCAUUUUAACCGAUGAAAACUGCUUUGGCGGUUUUGCAUAUCCAGAAGAUUGUAUGCAAUUAACAGCUAAUGGAAAUAUAAAACAAUGUCAAUAUAUGGUACAAUGGAUAGUUACACCCGAAUUGGGAAAAGUUAAUUUCCAAUUAAAUGUCAGAAUGCCUUCUAAUCAUUGGACUGGUGUUGGGUUUUCUAAUGAUGGGACUAUGACCAAUUCUGAUGCGAUAAUUGCAAUCUUGGGGAAAGAUGGAAGAAUAACACUACAGGACCGUUUUUCGCCUAGCUAUGAUAAACCUUUAAUUGAUACAAAGCAAAAUAUAGAAGAAAUAAGUAGCCAAUCAGUUGAUGGUCUCUGGGCUUUAAAUUUCUCUCGUUCUUUAUAUACCCAAGAUGAUUUACAAGAUGCUGAUUUAAGACAAUGCCAACAUUUUAUUUUCUUACAUACAGCUAAUCCGUUGACUUCUGAAAGUGAUGAAAUGAAAAAACAUAUUAAAACACCUAUAAUUUCUGAAAACAUGAUUUGUUUGGGUAAAUGCGGACAGAAAUUGUCUUCUACAACGGCAACAAAUGAUGUUUCUAUUGACGUUACAACUGAAGUGUCAACAACAGAAAAACAACAAGAAACACAAUCUACAUCUCUGCAAACAACAUUAUCAACAACAAAAGAAACAGAGAAAACAACACAAACAACAGAAAUACAACAAACAUUUGCUAUAACAGAAACAACAGAGAAACAAACAACAGAGAAAACAACAACAACAACUUCAACAUUGUCACAACAACAAGAGAAACCUGAAGACGAACAAAUGAAUAAAAACUUGGUUGAAGAAACACCUGAGAUUGUAAAACAACAACAAAAUGUUGUAGACGAAAAAUACAAAAAGAAAGUAUUUAAUGUUGCAAUUAAACUUCCCAAUGAAAAAUGGGAUGAAAAAUUGGGAGAGCCUGAAUCUGAAGAAUUUUCUUUAAUGUCUCAAAAGUUGAGCAAUUCGUUACAAUCAUUCAUCUCUAUUAGAUGGCCCUCACUUCAAAUGAUUAACGUACAGAAAUUCGCGGAGGGAAGUGUUCUUGCAUUACUUCAAAUGACUUUUAACACAACAUUAAAAAAUAAUGAAGAAUUACCAACUACCAAACAAUUAAAACAUUUCCUGAAAGAAGCUGCUGCUCAAAAAAUGCCUGCCGAAUUAGUUUUAGAUUCAGAAAUGUUGGAAGUACAAGAAAAUGAAGAGGAAGGAGGAGAGAUGAAUGACACAAACGAAAUUGGGGAAGAAAAGGAAAAAGUAGCUUCGAUGGGGGGACAAUGGCAAGGAUGGCUUUUGGCUGUUUUGGGGACUUUUAUGUUACUUUCUAUUGCCACAGCUCUUCUAUUUUGUGCUUUUCGUAACAGAAAGCAAUCACGGCAACAUCAGACUUAUCCCACAAAACACCAUUCCUCCAUGCAUCGUCAUAAUCAAAACAAUUUACGAGGAAAUAAUCUUUUCUUUAAUGGAUCAGCUAAUAAUUAUAAUCAAAGCCAUUAUACACCUUUCCCUGGGGAAAAAGAAGACAGAGCAAGUGAAAACAGUACAACUGCCAAGACAAAUAAUAGUGGGGGUGAAAGCUGUAAUAAUGUGCCUAAUGGCGUUAAAACGCAAAAUAAAAUGGUGGAAACACCUCGGGGUAUUGGAGAGGCUAGUUAUCGUGAAUGGUUUAAGAAGGUAGCAUCAAAAGAUACCCCAACCCACUAUCAAGAAAAUUAUUGGCAAAUACCCCCACCAACUCCAAUGCCAAGGUCUGCAAGUCACGGAGGACAAACACCAGUACACGCACCUUCUGCUUCUCCAUACCUUUCUUAUCCGAACGAUCCAACUUAUUAUACGUUAAAUGGAGAACAUAGAAUUGUACCUCCACCACCUGCUUACUAUCGACCUUUUUAA